GAUCCCAGGAUCCUGAGAUCGUGACCUGAGCCGAAAUCAAGUCAGAAGCCCAACCGACUGAGCCACCCAGGAGCCUCUGUAACAAAAGUUUUUACCAACCUCUCCUUCUUUCCCCUAGCCCUUGGCAACUACUUUUCUAUUUUCUGUUUAUAGGAAUUUGACUGUGUGCGUGCAUAUGCAUGCAUGUACAUAUGUCAUUUCCCCCAACUUUUUAUUAAGAGAAUUUGCAAAAAUACAAAAAGUUGAAAGAAUUGUACAGUGAACACCACCACCACUAGAAUUCUAUAAUUGUUAGCAUGUUGCUGUAUUUGUUUUUAUAUGUGUCCUUCUGCAUUGUAUGUUUGAGGAUAGAAUAAUUCUUAAGUAGUAAUUUAUGUAAUUCUUGGAGAUCUUUGCCAAGGAACUUAACUUUAGAUGCCUGUUAACACUUAUGUCCUGUUAUGUUAUUAUCUCAGAAUGAAGCAUUAGAAAGAUAAUGUCUGGUUUUAUGAUUUGGAGAUAUGCUGGCUUUUGUAAUUUUAGGAUGGAGUACUAAAUUGAGAGUGUUUUAUUGUAGUUAGGCAGAGUUUAAAGAAUUUUAAAAAUCUUAGUUUGAAACUCUAAGGGCCUUUAUACACCCAUAGAACUAAGGUUAUUUGGAUGACCUCAGUGAUUAAAAAAUGGAACGAGACAGUACAAAGCCACUGGAAAUGUCUGAGGAAUAUUGGAGAUAAUUCAGUCUUACUGGCAUCUCUGGCAUCAGCAGAUCUACAUGUAACACACAUCAGAGGGUCAGAAUUAUCUUAAAAUCUAGAGGCAAAGGGUGCCUAUGUGGGGCCUCUUGCUUAGCGGGGAGCCUGCUUCUUCCUUUCCCUCUGUCCCAACCCCCUUGCUCGUGCUCACUCUUUCUCUCUCUCUUAAAUAAAUAAAUAAGAUCCCUUUUUUUUUUUUUUUUUAAAUCUAGAGGCAGGACUAGAACAGGGGCAUGCAAAUAUUUCCACACAGUUCAUUGUUUUCUGAUACAUUUUUCACAUUGAGAAGCACAUCUUCUUAAACUUCCUUCUUCCCUAAUUCUCCUCUCUCUCCCUUUAUAUUCAGGAGUAGUUCUUCUGUUUCAAGAAAGUACUUCUUUUAUGCUGGCUGAUACUUCAUUUUGCUUUUAUUUUAAUAACAGAAAUGAUGCUGCUUGAUGACUUAGCAUUCUGUCUUCUUCUGUAUUUACCCAGGGUAUUUUUUUCUUUUUUUUCCCCUGAGUAGACUCAGAGUGGGGCUUGAACUCACGACCCUGGGAUUCAGAGUUGCAUGCUGUACCCACUAAGCCAGCCAGGCGCCCAGCCCAGGGUAUUUGUUAAUACACACGCACGCACAUACACACACAUCAAAUUAACAUUUUGGGAAUCCCCGUGUUUUCUGUUAUGUGACUUGGCUUCCGUGGCAACCUUCUGCCUUCGGCCCUGGGGGUUGUGGUUACUUGAGUGGCACGUUCUUGCUCUCCUGCCUGUUGCUGACCAGCUCUGUGACCUAGAAAAGUCACUUAAGCCCUCCGUUUUUCAUCUGUGAAAUGAGGGGAUUGGAAAAGGCAGUUUUUCAGGUGCGCUUCACCAGUAGUAAAGGCUGUUUGGUUCUGUGUUCAUGAAUAAAGUUUUGUAGAGUUUAGACUACUUUUAGUAACUAUUGGACAGAUGACUGGAUGUAAUGGCUCUUACUAUUUGCUAAUUAAGAUUAGAAAGUGUAUGUUCAGGCGGGUAUUAACUACAUGGAACCUAUGUGGGGGAAAAAAGUUACGUGUUCAUGCAUGUUCUCCCAUGUGUAGAUGUGUGUAUGUAUAUGUAGCAAUUCAUUUUUCGUGCAAGAGAGGGAGCUGAAAGCUUCUCUGUCUGUAGUACAAUCCGGUCUUGAAUAUUAAGAAUCUUGUCAGUUGCAUACAUAGAUCCAUCCACAUUUUUUUUUUUUUUAAAGAUUUUAUUUAUUUAUUUGAGAGAGGGAAUGAGAUAGAGAGCAUGAGAGGGGGGAAGGUCAGAGGGAGAAGCAGAAUCCCUGCUGAGCAGGGAGCCCGAUGUGGGACUCAAUCCCCGGGACUCCAGGAUCAUGACCUGAGCUGAAGGCAGUCGCUUAACCAACUGAGCCACCCAGGCACCCCUAGAUCCAUCCACAUUUUAAAAAUAACGAAAAUACUGCCUUAAAAAGCUGCUGUCAUUAUGUUUGUCCAGGAUAACUUGAACACUUAUGCUUAAGCUGUUUUCUUCUGUAGAAUAUAAUUUCAAAAAUUUUAUUUUAUUUUAUUUUUUUUAAAGAUUUUUUAUUUGUUUAUUUGAGACAGAGAGAAUGAGAGAGAGAGAGCACAUGAGAGAGGGGAGGGUCAGAGGGAGAAGCAGACUCCCUGCCGAGCAGGGAGCCCGAUGCGGGACUCGAUCCAAGGACUCCAGGAUCAUGACCUGAGCCGAAGGCAGUCGCCCAACCAACUGAGCCACCCAGGCACCCUAAUUUCAAAAAUUUUAAAACUACACACAUGUAAUCCUGUUCUCCCUUUCAGCACACCUUUCCCAAGACUUAAUAGAAAAUGAUUUUAAACUUUCGCUUUACCUGUUGGGUAUACUUUAAAUUGAAGGUCUUUCAUCAAAACAUACAGCAAGACUUCAAAACACUUCAAAACACUUUUCUUUAAAAGGCAGUCUCGUGCUUAUUUUUCAUAAAAGAGCAACCUGUUGGAAUAACAAGCACUUUGAAUGUAGGGCACCGCAGCUCAGCUGACUUAAAAAUGAAAUGACUCCGGCAAGGAACAUGGAGUAAGUGUACACCCGAUAUUUUGCAAAUCUCGAAAUUAUUUAAGGGCCGCUCUUGAGGCAGGGUUUUUAUGACCGUAACAUUCCAGCUGUGGUUUUGGAGACAGAACGUUUACUACUGCUCUAAACACAAGGACGGUAGGUGUGUGUGUGUUCUUACUGCCGAAAGGCUUAAAAAAGCAGCUGAGACUCCCUUCAAGUGAGUAAACCUUUAUUCAGCAAACUUUGGGGCCGAGUUCCUAUGGAACUCUGGUGGUAAACUCUGGAAUGUGGGUCCAACAGCAGCUCGGUGCUGGCUGAGCCUGGCGGCUCCGAGGCGUGAUAGCAGGCUGUCCUGGCUAAUCGCUGAGGCAGCCCAUGGAAAACCACUUUCUGGUUAAGUGUGCAUCAUACUCUUCCACCAAUGGAAAAAAUUGAACAUGAUGAGGGUGUGUAGCUAGCAGACAAAAAUAUAUCCAGCAUUGCACAGGGUCUGUUUUUAGCUCUUAACGGCUGAGCAUUUGAAGUGUUCAACGCUGUUUCCUGCCUUACCAUGGGCAGCAAGAAGAGUUUGUGGAUUUGUUUAUAGACCUGACUUGGUGAAACUUUUUCUGCUAAUUAAAAGAGCCUGAGAAACAGUGGCUACGUCCAAAGUUUUGGCGAAGUUCUUAUCACCGUCUGGAAUGUUGGCCUUGGACAAGGAUGAGGCUCCUAUUUCAGUAUGAAAAUCUCGCUGGAAUUCUAUGAGAAGCCUUGUUGGUGUCUAAUGGUGGUAGAACCUGAGUUUCCCUCACCACCUUGCCCAGCCAUAAAUCUGCUUUUGUGCAGUGUCCCCAUGCCUCCGUUGUGCUUGCUGUCCCCGUUCAGCCCCGGUCCUCCUCACAGAACCAUCUGGCCCCUGGAAGGUUGCUUCUUAUUCCCUUUGAGUCGCUCCUUCUGAGCAGCCGGCCUGGGGCCAGAGACAAAGCAGUCUUUCCUCUGCUGUAAACUCUACACUACACGGAAAUGGAGACUUUGGGAAUCUAACACAUCAGUUCAAGCCUGAGCUCGAGGCAAAUGAAGAAAAGUCACAAUUGAACGCCCACUGCUCCGCUCUCUCGGUCUGCAGGGAACAUUGAGGCUUUGUGUUCGGGAGUGAACACCGCCAGAUGGCAGCACCCCCAGCCUGUCAUCCCACCCUCCAAGGAUCAUUUCAUGGACUCACUUGCCAUACUUGUUAACCAUGCUGCCUUGUUCUAGGACCCCGUAAAGCCUACUGACUGUUAAUCUUCCUCCGAGCACAGACUAGAACUUCAGGUAACUCCAGCUCCCAUGAGUUGUGGUUCACUUCAAGGGGCACGACUGUGAUCAAGGUUAAAAUGGGGAACUCUGAAAGCCAGUACACCCUUCAAGGAUCUAAAAAUCAUAGCAAUACCAUCACUGGUGCUAAGCAAAAGCCUUGCUCCCUGAAGAUACGCAGCGUUCAUGCGAAGGACGACAAGUCACUGCACGGAUGCGGGCACGGAGGCAGCGGAGCGGGUUACAGGUCCAGGUCCCUGGCCCGGAGCUGCCUUUCUCACUUUAAGAGCCAUCAGCCGUACGCGUCCCGACUGGGCGGGCCCACAGGCAAAGUCCCCAAAAGCAGUGCCUACGCCAGGCCCAGGACGGACGCCUCGGGAAGCGGUUUCCAGAGCCCCAGCACGGCCCUCCCCGCGGGGAACGGCUUCCACGCUGCCGGCCACGGGCGGCCGGACGCCCUGGUGGCCUCGAGGGAGCGCAGGGGACACCUCCGCAACUGCCGCGGGAGGGACGGGAGCGCGGCGGCCGGGCCGUGCGCCGAGGACCGCAAGAGCCCCCGGGUGCUCAUCAAGACGCUGGGGAGGCUGGACGGCUGUCUGCGGGUCGAGUUCCACAGCGGCGGCCUGCAGGGCGGAGGGCCCCCCGGGGGCGCGGGCGGCCCCGUGCGGCUGCUGCGCUACUCGCCCACCUUGGGCCCCGGGCCCGACUCGCCCCCGCACUCGCGCCCGCGCUCCAGCAAGGGCAGCUCCCUGAGCUCCGAGUCCUCCUGGUACGACUGCCCCUGGGGCGCCGCGGGCGAGGCCGGCGAGGCCGGCGAGGCCGAGGGCUCCCUGCUGGUGCCCGGCACGCCCGCCCCCCGCCUCUGCGCCGACUUCCCGCCGCCCGGGGCCCCAAAGCCGUUCAACCAAAGCUCGUCCCUGGGCUCGCUCCGGGAGCUCUACCGCGACCCCAGCCCGGCGCCCUCGGGCCUGCGGCUGUCGGGCGAGUUCGUGGGCGCGCACGCCGGCCUCAGCCACCGCGUGUCCUUCGCCUCGGACAUGGACGUGCCGUCCCGGGUGGAGCGCAGGGACCCCGGCCCGUACUCGUCCUUCACCCUCCCCUGCCGCAAGGCCAAGGCCUUGAGCGAGGACCCCUCCAAGAAGGACACGCUCAAAGCCCGCAUGCGCCGCAUCAGCGACUGGACGGGGAGCCUCUCCAGAAAGAAAAGGAAGCUCCAGGAACCGAGGUCCAAGGAAGGCAGUGACUACUUUGACAGCCGCUCAGAUGGACUGAAUGUGGACGCACAGGGGCCCUUCCAGGUGUCUCCUUCACCUUGGUCUGGGGGCUCAGCUCAGAUCCUGUCCCAGAGAAGCGAAUCUGCUCAUGCAAUUGGCAGUGAUCCCCUCCAACAGAACAUUUAUGAGAAUUUCAUGCGGGAGCUAGAAAUGAGCAGGACCAACACAGAGAAUGUAGAAACGUCCACAGAAACCGCGGACUCCAGCAGCGGGUCCCUCAGCUCUUUGGAGCAACUUGAUCUGCUCUUCGAGAAGGAGCAAGGGGUGGUCCGAAAAGCUGGAUGGCUGUUCUUCAAACCCCUUGUCACUUUGCAGAAGGAAAGGAAGCUCGAAUUGGUGGCCCGGAGGAAGUGGAAACAGUACUGGGUAACACUGAAAGGUUGCACCCUGCUGUUCUAUGAGACCUAUGGGAAGAAUUCCAUGGAUCAGAGCAGUGCCCCUCGGUGCGCACUGUUUGCACAAGACAGCAUAGUGCAGUCUGUCCCAGAACAUCCCAAGAAGGAAAACGUGUUCUGCCUCAGCAACUCCUUUGGAGAUGUCUACCUUUUCCAGGCCACUAGCCAGACAGAUCUGGAAAAUUGGGUCACUGCCAUACAUUCAGCUUGCGCAUCCCUUUUUGCAAAGAAGCAUGGGAAAGAGGACACGGUUCGGCUCCUGAAGAACCAGACCAAGAACCUCGUUCAGAAGAUAGAUAUGGACAGCAAGAUGAAAAAGAUGGCAGAGUUACAGCUGUCCAUCGUGAGUGACCCGAAGAAUAGGAAGGCCAUAGAAAACCAGAUCCAGCAAUGGGAGCAGAACCUGGAGAAGUUUCACAUGGAUCUGUUUAGGAUGCGUUGCUAUCUGGCCAGCCUACAAGGCGGGGAGCUGCCAAACCCCAAGAGCCUCCUCGCUGCUGCCAGCCGCCCCUCCAAGCUGGCCCUCGGCAGGCUGGGCAUCUUGUCGGUUUCUUCUUUCCACGCUCUGGUAUGUUCUAGAGAUGAUUCUGCUCUCCGGAAAAGAACACUCUCACUGACCCAGCGAGGAAGAAACAAGAAGGGUAUAUUUUCUUCAUUAAAAGGGCUGGACACACUGGCGAGAAAAGGGAAGGAGAAAAGACCUUCUGUAACUCAGGUGGAUGAACUUCUGCAUAUAUACGGUUCAACAGCCGAUGGUGUUCCCCGAGACAACACGUGGGAAGUCCAGACCUACGUUCAUUUUCAGGAUAAUCAAGGGGUUACUGUAAUGAUCAAGCCAGAACAUAGAGUAGAAGAUAUUUUGACUUUGGCAUGCAAGAUGAGGCAGCUGGAACCCAGUCACUAUGGCCUACAGCUCCGAAAAUUAGUAGAUGAAAACAUUGAGUACUGUGUCCCUGCACCAUAUGAAUACAUGCAAGAACAGGUUUAUGAUGAAAUAGAAAUCUUCCCGCUAAGUGUUUAUGAUGUGCAGCUCACGAAGACCGGGAGUGUGUCUGACUUUGGGUUCGCAGUGAUAGUGCAGGUGGACGAGCAUCAGCAUCUCAGCCGAAUAUUUAUAAGUGAUGUUCUCCCUGACGGCUUGGCAUAUGGAGAAGGGUUGAGAAAGGGCAACGAAAUCGUGACCUUAAAUGGGGAAGCUGUGUCUGAUCUUGACCUGAAGCAGAUGGAAGCCUUGUUUUCUGAGCAGAGCGUUGGGCUCACUCUGAUUGCCCGGCCGCCAGACACAAAAGGCACCUUGUGUUCGUCCUGGUCAGACAGUGACCUGUUCUCAAGGGACCAGAAGAGUCUGCUGCCCCCUCCGAACCAGUCCCAGCUUCUGGAGGAGUUCCUGGAUAACUUUAAAAAGAAUACAACCAAUGAUUUCAGCAACGUCCCUGACAUCACCACUGGCCUGAAAAGGAGUCAGACCGAUGGCGCGCUGGCCCAGGUCCCCCACGGGGAGAGAACAGGACAGACGUUCGGGAGUGCAGAACAGAUCGCCGCGCUGUGUAGGGGUUUCGGCGACACGCAGAGCGACGGCAUGGAAGGGCCUCGGGGGCCUCGGGACCCACCUCCGCGGCCGCUGGCUCGCCACCUCUCCGAUGCAGAUCGCCUCCGAAAAGUCAUCCAGGAGCUGAUGGACACGGAGAAGUCCUACGUGAAGGAUCUGAGCUGCCUCUUUGAACUAUACUUGGUGCCACUUCAAAAUGAGACCUUUCUCACCCAAGAUGAGAUGGAGUCCCUUUUUGGAAGUUUGCCAGAGAUGCUUGAAUUUCAAAAGGUGUUUCUGGAGACUCUGGAGGAUGGGAUUUCAGCAUCCUCGGACUUCAGCAGCCUUGAGACUCCCUCACAGUUCAGAAAAUUGCUGUUUUCCCUUGGAGGCUCUUUCCUUUAUUACGCGGACCAUUUUAAACUCUACAGCGGAUUCUGUGCUAAUCAUAUUAAAGUACAGAAGGUUCUAGAGCGAGCUAAAACCGAUAAAGCCUUCAAGGCUUUUCUGGAUGCCCGGAAUCCCACCAAGCAGCAUUCCUCCACCCUGGAGUCCUACCUCAUCAAGCCCGUUCAGAGGGUGCUCAAGUACCCUCUGCUGCUCAAGGAGCUUGUGUCACUGACGGACCAGGAGAGCGAGGAGCACUACCACCUGACAGAGGCACUAAAGGCAAUGGAAAAAGUAGCCAGCCACAUCAAUGAGAUGCAAAAGAUCUACGAGGAUUACGGGACCGUGUUCGACCAGCUGGUGGCAGAGCAGAGUGGAACAGAGAAGGAGGUAACAGAACUUUCCAUGGGGGAGCUUCUGAUGCACUCUGCAGUUUCCUGGUUGAAUCCAUUUCUGUCUCUAGGAAAAGCCAGAAAGGACCUUGAACUCACGGUGUUUGUUUUUAAGAGAGCUGUCAUACUGGUUUAUAAAGAAAACUGCAAACUGAAAAAGAAAUUGCCCUCAAAUUCCCGGCCUGCACACGGCUCUGCCGACUUGGACCCAUUUAAAUUUCGCUGGUUGAUCCCCAUAUCCGCACUUCAAGUCAGACUGGGGAAUACAGCAGGGACAGAAAAUAAUUCCGUCUGGGAACUCAUCCAUACGAAGUCGGAAAUAGAAGGACGGCCGGAAACCAUCUUCCAGCUGUGCUGCAGUGACAAUGAGAGCAAAACCAACAUCGUCAAGGUGAUUCGAUCUAUUCUGAGGGAGAACUUCAGGCGUCACAUCAAGUGUGAAUUACCCCUGGAGAAGACCUGUAAGGAUCGCCUGGUACCCCUUAAGAACCGAGUUCCUGUUUCAGCCAAGUUAGCGUCCUCCAGGUCCUUGAAAGUCCUCAAGAAUUCCUCCAGCAGCGAGUGGCCCGGCGAGCCCGGCGAGGCCGGCAAGGGCAGCUCCCUGGACUCGGACGAGUGCAGCCUGAGCAGUAGCACCCAGAGCAGCGGCUGCGCCCCAGGCGGGAGCAGGCAGGAGUCCCUGCAACAGCCCCGGCCAGGCCUGGCUGAUCUGUCAGACAGUCUCAUCAAGGAGAGUGACAUUCUGAGCGACGACGAGGACGACUACCAUCAGACUCUCAGACGGGGCAGCCCUACCAAAGACAUUGAAAUUCAGUUCCAGAGGCUGAGAAUCUCCGACGGCCCCGAUGCAAAGCCAGCUGAACAGCAGCCUGGCACGGAGGGCCGGCCCAGAGGGGAGCAGCCCAAGCUGGUGCGGGGGCACUUCUGCGCCAUUAAGCGGAAAGCGAACAGCACCAAGCGGGACAGGGGAACUUUGCUGAAGGCACAGAUUCGCCAUCAGUCCCUUGACAGUCAGUCUGAAAAUGCCAACCUUGAUCUCAGUUCUGUUCUCCAGCGAGAGUUCAGUGUCCAGAGUUUAACCUCGGUGGUCAGCGAGGAGUGUUUUUAUGAAACCGAGAACCACGGGAAGUUGUAGUGCCGUUUCAAUCCAGAUGCGGGCUCGACGGCUCGUUUUACUUUGAAACUGGUGGUCAAGUGGAAAUGGCAGAAAAACUAUUCAUUAUUGGGUUUUGUGCGGCGUACAUUUUCUCCACAAAAUAGUUGUAAAGAUCUAAGUUAUUUUAAUUUAUUGUAGAUCAGAAAACUAGAUUGAACUGAUCAGAAUCUGUAAAUUACUUAGUUUAUAGCCCUUUUGAGCAGGUAUCAAAAUGACUUAGGAUCCUUAAAAAUGCAAUCUAUUUUAAUUUAUGUGGAAAAAGUAAGAUGGGGGAGUUGUGAUUAAUAGGUCAUUGUUUUUUUUUCCAAUCCUCUGGGCAUUUUCUUUGAGCUGUUAGUUUUUGCUUUAUUUAAAGCAUAUUUAUUUUAAUCUGGGUGAGGGGCACAAUGUGCAGAUCUUUCAUUUUUGUAAGGUUGUUAACAGAUGCCGUUUAUACUGAAUAUGUCAUAUCUAUGCAGUAUAUAUAUUAAAAGAAAGCUUGUACUGUA